CUCCAUCACUUAGAUACGAUCCUUUGCUCCUCCGCGGCGUUCCCUGCAGCGCCAGCUUUUCCGCCCGUGCUGCUUUCGUCUCCCAGCAGGAGACAUUAAAGGGCCAUGCCACUCAGCGUCGUCCUGGACGGUCCGGCCCCCUGGGGGUUCCGCCUGACGGGGGGAAAGGACUUCAACCAGCCCCUGACCGUUUCCAGGGUCACUCCGGGCAGCAAGGCGUCCGCCGCCAACUUGUGCCCCGGUGACGUCAUCCUGGCCAUCGAGGGGGUCCCCGCCUCCAACAUGCUGCACUGUGAAGCCCAGAACAAGAUAAAGGAGUCAGUACAUCAGCUCUGCCUCACUGUGGAAAGGAAUGAGUCCAGGCUGUGGUCGCCCCGCGUGGUGGAGGAGGGCAGAGCUCAGCCGUACAAGCUCAACCUGGAGGCGGAGGCGCAGGAGUUCAAACCCAUCGGCGCCGCUCACAACCGCCGGGCGCAGCCGUUCGUGGCGGCGGCGAACAUCGACGACAGGCGGCAGGUGGUCAGCGCCGCCUACAACACGCCCAUAGGCCUGUACUCCUCGGGCAACAUCCAGGACGCCAUGGAGGGUCAGAUCCGCGGCCUCGUGCACCACAAGCCCGAGAGCCCCCGGACCCUGAGCAGCAUCGAGGACUCGGACGUGUACCGGAUGCUGCAGAAGGACCAGGAGGAGCCCCAGGAGCCCCGGCAAUCGGGCUCUUUCAAAGCCCUGCAGGAGUUCAUCGACGGCGACGGCACUCGUCCCAUUGUGACCAAGACGGUGAAAGCCCCCAGCACCAAACCGGCUCCGCCCACAGGAAACCUGCAGAAGCUGCCCAUGUGCGACAAGUGUGGGAAUGGGAUCGUCGGGACGGUGGUGAAGGCGCGGGACAAGUACCACCACCCCGGCUGCUUCGUGUGCUCCGACUGCGACGUCAACCUGAAGCAGAAGGGCUACUUCUACGUGGAGGGGCAGCUGUACUGCGAGGCCCACGCUCGGGCCAGAAUGAGACCCCCUGAGGGGCACGACCUGGUCACAACCUACCCCUCGGCCUAGGUUCCCCUCCAGCCAGCAGACACCGCCUCCUCUGUUUGCAGAACCAGCAGGUUCUCUGUGUGUGGAAACAGCUGAACACAACCUGUGCAUCACCUCCAUUUAUAAAUAAACUUGUGUAAAAAGCCAACGAGAGAGAACAUUUGACAUUCACCACUUUCUCACAGUAUGAUGUCCUUCCAAUAAAGACCUGUUUGUGCUCUA